GUGGGGGCGGGGUAUGGCGCGCUAUGCGGCGCAGGGCGGCUGGCACAAACGGCGGCGCCGGGGUCGGAGGAAAAAGCUCGGCACCCUGACAGGUCCUUUCCCAAGCCCCUAGGGACAGCAGAGGACUUGGGGACCAGCGGCACCCCCCAGGGCACAAGAAGAGCCUCUGCCACCUGCCCUGCCUCACCCUGCCCCACACCCGGCCCGGCCGCCCUGGCCUCCGGCUGCAUCAAGUGGAGGAGGAGGAGGCAGUGCAGGAGGGUGGCACCAUGGGCCUGGGCCGUGCCCUCCAUGCCCGGGGGAUGAAGACGCUGCUGCCAUGGACAGCCCUUGCCAGCCACAGCCCCUGAGUCAGGCUCUCCCUCAGUUGCCGAGUUCUGUGUCAGAGCCAUUGGAGCUUGGCCGGUCCAGGAUGGGGGUAGAGAGGUACCUGCCGUGUCCCCUGCUACCCUCCUACCACCGUCCAGGAGCACCUGCUGAGGCCUCGGCUGGGAGUGGGAUCCCCAGAGCCACAGCCACUUCCACCACAACCAGCCCCUUGCCAGAAGGCUUCGGUGGGCAGGAUGGUGGCGAGCUGCUGCCACUGCAGAGCGAGGGUGCUGCAGCACUGGUCACCAAGGGGUGCCAGCGACUGGCAGCUCAGGGCGCCCGGCCUGAGGCCCCCAAGCGGAAAUGGGCAGAGGAUGGUGGGGAUGCGCCUGCACCCAGCAAGCGUCCCUGGGCCAGGCAAGAGAACCAGGAAGCGGAGGAAGAGGGGGAGGGCAGCAUAGGCUGCAGCAAUGGCCGUGGUGAGGCCAGUGUUGGCCUGAGGGAGGAGGAGCUGCCUGCUGCACCUGAGCGCCUGGCCCUGGACUAUAUUGUGCCCUGCAUGCGGUACUAUGGCAUCUGUGUCAAGGACAGCUUCCUGGGGGCGGCACUGGGUGGCCGUGUGUUGGCUGAGGUAGAGGCCCUGAAGCGGGGCGGGCGCCUGCGUGAUGGGCAGCUAGUGAGCCAGCGGGCUAUCCCGCCACGCAGCAUCCGUGGGGACCAGAUUGCCUGGGUGGAAGGCCAUGAGCCAGGCUGCCGAAGCAUCGGGGCCCUCAUGGCCCACGUGGACACUGUGAUCCGGCACUGCGCUGGGCGGCUGGGCGGCUACGUCAUCAACGGGCGCACCAAGGCCAUGGUGGCGUGUUACCCAGGCAACGGGCUGGGGUACGUGAGGCACGUCGACAAUCCCCACGGUGAUGGGCGCUGCAUCACAUGUAUCUAUUACCUGAAUCAGAACUGGGACAUCAAGGUGCACGGUGGCCUGCUGCAGAUCUUCCCUGAGGGCCGGCCUGUGGUAGCCAACAUUGAGCCACUCUUUGACCGGCUGCUCAUUUUCUGGUCUGACCGGCGGAACCCUCAUGAGGUGAAACCAGCCUAUGCUACCAGGUACGCCAUCACGGUCUGGUAUUUUGAUGCCAAGGAGCGAGCAGCAGCCAAAGACAAGUAUCAGCUAGCAUCAGGACAGAAAGGUGUUCAAGUACCUGUAUCUCAGCCAGCUACACCCACCUAGUGGCCAUCGCAGAGCUGCAUGGACAGAAAGCUUGCCCUGACUUCGGGAGAGCCCUGGGCCGGUGCCGCCCAGCCAGUAGCCCGCCAGUCUCGGUGUCUGCUCCUUCCCUGCCACCGCUGCUGCUUCCGACUUUGCCUCUGUCCUGCCUGGUGUGGAGGGUUUCCUCGGUUGCUGAGGGCUGAGGAGGAGAGACCUGUGCUGCCCUGUUCUGGGGGCAGGGGCUACUGUUACUGGAGCCGGGGGUCUGUGUCCUGCCCUGUCUGGCCAUGCUCCUCUCGGGUGUGGAGAGCUGGAAGGGGGCGUUGCCACCUCCCACCAGCAUGCAGGAUUUGGGGUUGAGGUGAGUCAUGGCCUCUUGCUGGCAAAGGUUUGGGGGGGUUCGUAUCCCCACGCCCCCUACUCCUCCAGCCUGGAAUGUGAAGUGACUCCCAACCCCUUUGGCCAUGGCACCCUUAUGACUAGGCUGCCCCUGCUUGGGCAGGAUAAUAGGUGCUGGGAGGAGCAUGGCUGUGACAGUCCUGUCAGCCAAGAAAUAAAUAAGUUUACCUCAGAGCUGCA